CUCGGUGGUGGAAAUUUCGAUAUCAUUUCCAUUCAGCCCGUCCGCACAGAGAGGACGCAGCUCAGCUUCGAUUUUUUUUCUCAACAGAAAGCUUACGAAAUCUUACGAUUGCAAAAACGGUUCAGAACGAAAAAAAAAAACAAAACCGCAUCAAAACAAACUAGUGAUCGACACAUUUUAAGGCGCGCGCAUCGAUCCGUUGACAAUAAGAGUUUUGCAAAUAAGAAGUUGUUGCGUGAAUGUGCAUUUGAAACCAAACAAAAAAGGAGUUGCAGUUGAUGCAAAGUGUUUUUUAAAAAGAGAACUUUGAGUUUUAAACAGACACUUCCGACCAUCCCAGUGAAAGUGUCCGAAGUGCAAGUGUGUGUGUGUGCGUGGAAAAAAAAAAACAAAAGUAACACAAAAUGGAUUACGCAAAUAUGGUGUCCGAGUCGGCAGGACUUAACGGCAAGCUACAGUCCUCGCUGGAACCGUUGUCCCGUACGUACCAGUACCGGAAGGUGAUGAAACCGAUGUUGGAGCGUAAGCGACGAGCCCGCAUUAACCGUUGUUUGGAUGAGCUGAAAGAGCUGAUGGUUUCCGCGCUACAGUCCGAGGGUGAGAAUGUGGCCAAGCUGGAGAAGGCCGACAUACUGGAGUUGACCGUACGGCACCUGCACAAACUGCGCCGUCAGCAGCGUCUCGCCGCUAAUCCCGUGCUGGAUGCGGACCGCUUCCGGGCCGGAUUUACCCAUGCCGCCAACGAAGUGUCGCGCUGUCUCGCCUCAACGCCCGGCGUUGACAUUAAGCUCGGUACCAAGCUGAUGACGCACCUCGGCCAUCGGUUGAACGAUCUCGACAAGGUAUCGCCGCUCUCGGUACAUGUGGAAUCCGGUGCCGGUUCACCCGGUGCCUCCCGUAGCCCAUCCGCCUCGCCACCGAUCUCACCGUUUUCGGCCGCUUCAUCCACGUCGGGCGAUGUGCCCAUGUACCAGAUGCCCCUAACGCCCCAGUCGUACCGCAGCGAAGAGUCUGGCCUGCUGGCACCAUCUACCACGCCAUCGCCGAACCCGAGCGAAUGUGACGAUCAUCACCAUACCGGCGGUCUGCUCAAGAUCCAGCAGUCCGGCGAAUCAGUAUGGCGGCCGUGGUAGUUCACAUGCAAAUAACCUCCACAACACACAUGGAAAGGACACCAAAUCACUUCGUAUCCAUCGAUCUCAACCUGGUACCGGCGUGGCAAGCGGCAGUCGGACGUUCUUUUUCUUUUGGCGCAAUCAAGCGGACAACAGCAGAAAGACAGGAGUACAGCAAAAACAAAAAAACAAACAAACAAACGGUUUGCAGCUUUAAAUAGUGUUUUAGGGAAGUUUUAGUGUGUAAGUACGGUAACGCGAUUUACUUAGGGCCAGUGAGAAAGUGUUUUUUUUUGUGUGCUUUAUUUGUAUCUUCGAUGGGGUGUUUUUUUUUUAUUAAAAGCAUUUUGUUCUUGUUAGUUGAAUUUGUUGCGAAGAACAAUAUUCAUAUGUGAUAUUAAUGUGUACAACAGAGGAGAGAAAAGAAGCAAACGCAAUGAGUGGCGAGAUGUUUGUUUCUGUUUAACGAUGCAUUUAAAAGACGUUAACGGUUGCGAUCGACGCACAAAAAGCCCCCAGUUUAGAUUU